AUGUCGACACUCAAGGAGCGUAAGGAAGAUUUUGUAACUGGGCUAAAUGGUGGUUCAAUUUUGGAGAUCAAUUUAAUUACGUCUGUCGCUUUGACUGCGUAUGUCUGCUGGAAUCUUUUGUCUAUUCGUGGCAAUAUCAAUGUCUUUAUUGAUUUUGCGUUGAAUUGGAUAACUCUGCUGUUGUCUAUAACUGUCUAUUCAAAUGCUAUAUCACUACUUCAGAUUCUGAUUGUGGUGCCCUGUGUGGUCUUAUUUUACAUCUCCAGUAGUAAAUCUAAGAGCCAGAAGACAGAAACGAAUAGUAGAGAAAAGCAGCCGAAACCUUUUCAGCUAGAGAAAAAGCCUUUUAUUACAGUAUAUCGUGGCUCAAUGCUUGUUUUGACAGCUCUAGCAAUCUUAGCGGUGGACUUUCAAGUCUUCCCUCGAAGAUUUGCCAAGGUCGAAACUUGGGGGACAUCUCUGAUGGACCUUGGAGUCGGUUCAUUUGUUUUCAGUAAUGGCGUGGUUUCUUCAAGAGUAAUAAUCAAGGAAAAAAUGAACCCAUCAAGCAGACCCUGCAUGAUAAAACGAGCAUUGAACGCUUUACGAUCUGGUGGUACCUUAUUGAUUAUUGGCCUCUUAAGACUGUACUUUGUGAAAAACCUGGAAUACCAGGAACAUGUUACGGAAUAUGGAGUUCAUUGGAAUUUUUUCAUGACUUUAUCAUUGUUACCACCUGUUCUUGUGUUACUGGAUCCUAUUACAGAAUGGAUUCCCCGCCCCGCAAUAGCAGCAUUAAUAUCUGUGAUGUAUGAACUAGUGCUCAUAAAAGGUGAUGGAUUUCUUGAGUUCUUAAUUCUAGCGCCUCGCAGAAAUUUUAUCGAGGCAAAUAGAGAAGGUAUUGUGUCAUUUCUAGGAUAUUGUUCAAUAUUCUUGUGGGGUCAAACAACUGGGUUUUAUGUGUUAGGAAAUAAACCUACAAUAAACAAUCUUUACAGACCAUCAGUGGAAAGUUUGCAACGCCCUUCUGGCAAGAGGUCUGUGACAAUGUGGAAUAAUUUAAGCACUGUUUCGCCGUUAUGGGGUCUCUUCAUCUGGACUUUCAUUCAUACAGCUACAGCUCAAGGUAUUCUAUCACAUGAUCCCUAUUAUGCUUCCAGGAGAUUUGCCAACUUACCUUAUGUUUCGUGGGUGGUGGCGUACAAUACGGGAUUACUGUUCUUUUACUGUCUGAUUGAUAAACUAUUUAGUGGCACUAAUAAAGGUUGUGCAGUUCCUCCAUCAUUAGAUGCUCUCAACAGCAACGGACUGGUUAUGUUCUUAUUAGCCAACUUAUUGACUGGGGCCACAAACAUGUCCAUGUCUACCAUUGACGCUUCAGUUGGAACUGCGAUGAUCGUUCUAACGAUGUAUGCUCUAGUAAUCGCUGCUAUAUCAUUGUUCCUUUACCGAAACAAGAUAUUUGUAAAGCUGUGA